AUGGACGACUUCGCCAGUUGCGACAUUGGGGACCCGAGCGCGCUCCUGCGGGAUGACGACGCCAGCGAGAAAAGCAUGAAGCAAUUUUUGCAAGAAAACGAAAUUAUGCAAAAGUACCACGAGGGAGGAAAUUCAAAUGGAACGCAAUCAGACGCAGACGAAGUGUCAUCUGCCAAGCAGGCCAAGAAUACACUGGUGCAUCAAAACAUUCGCGUGAAAAUACACAACAUAAUAGCCUCAGCCAAUCUCUGCGUAGAUAUAGACCUUCGUCUAGUAGCCAUAUCAAUACGAAAUGCAGAAUACAACCCAAGCAAAAUUAACACGUUGAUUGUGAGGCUGAAUAAGCCCAAGUGCACCGCUCUCAUUUUUAAAAAUGGGAGGAUUAUGUUAACUGGCACGAAGACCAAAGCGGAUGCGAUUUAUGGCUGCAAAAAAAUUGGAAAAAUAAUUAAGCUUGUAACAAAUGAGAGUGUAAAACUGGAAGGAUUUAACAUAGAAAAUAUCAUCGCUAGUGCUGAUUGUAAUAUGCCUGUACGAUUGGAGAUGCUGGCGCAUGACCACAAGGAGUACUGCAAUUACGAGCCGGAGCUGUUUGCUGGGCUCGUCUACAGGUAUAAGCCAACGUCCAAGCUGAAAUCGGUCAUUUUGAUUUUCGUCUCCGGCAAGAUUAUCAUCACGGGGUGCAAGUCGGUGCAGAAGCUUUACACAGUGUUUGAUGAUAUUUACAAUGUGCUCCUUCAGUAUAGGAGUUGA